UAUUAUUAUUGAUAUUAUUAUUACCUCCUGAGCGUCAACAGCAGUCUUGACUGGACCGCACACGCAUGGGAGGUAAGAAGACACCUGUGAAGGUUCUUUGCAAGACUUUGGUGGACAUUCAGUGGGAGACUUACCCUGAGACACCAUGAGGACCAAGAGGACCACCGCUGAAGGAGUGAAGACCUUCAUCUUCCUCUUCUUCUGCUCCAAUGUGCACUGAGGAGAUUACACUAAUCCACUCAACCCAUCUGCCCUAAUGCUCCACGCUACUUUAGCAGGGACAGGAAGUAACUUUAGCAGGGACAGGAAGUCACUUUAGCAGGGAUAGGAAGUCACUUUAGGAGGCACAGGAAGUCACUUUAACAGGGACAGGAAGUCACUUUAGCAGUGAUAGGAAGUCACUUUAGGAGGCACAGGAAGUCACUUUAGGAGGCACAGGAAGUCACUUUAACAGGGACAGGAAGUCACUUUAGCAGUGAUAGGAAGUCACUUUAGGAGGCACAGGAAGUCACUUUAACAGGGACAGGAAGUCACUUUAACAGGGACAGGAAGUCACAUUAGCAGGGAUAUGAAGUCACUUUAGGAGGCACAGGAAGUUACUUUAACAGUGACAGGAAGUCACUUUAACAGUGACAGAAAGUCACCUUAUGAGAAACAGGAAGUCACCUUAUCAGAGACGGGAAGUCACCUAAGCAGGGACAAGACGUCCCUUUAGCAGAGACAGGAAGUAACUUUAGGGGGCACAGGAAGUAACUUUAGCAGGGACAGGAAGUAACUUUAGGGGGCACAGGAAGUAACUUUAGCAGGGACAGGAAGUCACUUUAGGGGGCACAGGAAGUAACUUUAACAGGGAGAGGAAGUCACUUUAGGGGGCACAGGAAGUAACUUUAACAAAGACAAGAAGUCACUUUAGGGGGCACAGGAAGUAACUUUAACAGGGACAGGAAGUCACUUUAGGGGGCACAGGAAGGAACUUUAACAGGGACAGGAAGUCACUUUAGCAGCGAGAGGGAGUCACUAACAAAGACAGGAAGUAACUUUAGGGGUACAAGAAACAACUUUAGCAGGGACAGGAAGUAACUCUAGGGGGCAAAGGAAGUAACUUUAACAGGGACAGGAAGUCAUUUUAGGGGGCACAGGAAGUAACUUUAACAAGGACAGGAAGUCACUUUAGGGGGCACAGGAAGUAACUUCAACAAGGACAAGAAGUCACUUUAGGGGGCACAGAAAGUAACUUUAACAGGGACAGGAAGUCACUUUGGGGGGAAAAAGAAGUAACUUUAACAGGGACAGGAAGUCAUUUUAGGGGGCACAGGAAGUAACUUUAAUAGGGACAGGAAUUCACUUUAGCAGCAACAGGGAGUCACUAACAAAGACAAAGUAAUUUUAGGGGCACAAGAAAUAACUUUAGCAGGGACAGGAAGUCAGUUUAGGGGGCACAGGAAGUAACUUUAACAGGGACAGGAAGUAACUUUAGGGGGCACAGGAUGUAACUUUAACAGGGACAGGAAGUCACUUUAGGGGCACAGGAAGGAACUUUAGCAGGGACAGGAAGUCACUUUAGCAGCGAGAGGGAGUCACUAACAAAGACAGGAAGUAACUUUAGGGGUACAAGAAAUAACUUUAGCAGGGUCAGGAAGUAACUCUAGGGGGCAAAGGAAGUAACUUUAACAGGGACAGGAAGUCAUUUUAGGGGGCACAGGAAGUAACUUUAACAAGGACAGGAAGUCACUUUAGGGGGCACAGGAAGUAACUUCAACAAGGACAAGAAGUCACUUUAGGGGGCACAGAAAGUAACUUUAACAGGGACAGGAAGUCACUUUGGGGGGAAAAAGAAGUAACUUUAACAGGGACAGGAAGUCAUUUUAGGGGGCACAGGAAGUAACUUUAAUAGGGACAGGAAUUCACUUUAGCAGCAACAGGGAGUCACUAACAAAGACAAAGUAAUUUUAGGGGCACAAGAAAUAACUUUAGCAGGGACAGGAAGUCAGUUUAGGGGGCACAGGAAGUAACUUCAACAGGGACAGGAAGUAACUGUAGGGGCACAAAAAAUAACUUUAGCAGGGACAGGAAACAGCUUUAGGGGCACAAUAAAUAACGUUAGCAGGGACAGGAAGUAACUUUAUCAGGGACAGGAAGUGACUUUAUCAGGGAUACAAAGUAACUUUAGCAGGGACAGGAAGUGGAACCUAUGUAAGAUCACAGGAACUCGAUGGUGAGCAGCAGCGGCUGCGGGCGGUGAUGGGUGGCACAUUUCUUCUUCGGAGUGGAAAAGUGUGCUAAUAUUAAAGAUGCAGUUCAUGCUUCUUUUCAGCAGACAGGGCAAGCUUCGCCUCCAGAAGUGGUACGUGCCGCUCUCGGACAAGGAGAAGAAGAAGAUCGGCAGGGAACUGGUGCAAACCAUCCUGGCGCGCAAACCCAAGAUGUGCAGCUUCCUGGAGUGGAGGGACAUGAAGGUGGUGUACAAGAGGUGCGUAUACGCCAGCCUGUACUUCUGCUGCGCCAUCCAGGAGCAGGACAACGAGCUGAUCACGCUGGAGAUCAUCCACAGAUACGUGGAGCUGCUGGACAAAUACUUUGGCAGCGUGUGCGAGCUGGACAUCAUCUUCAACUUUGAGAAGGCCUACUUCAUCCUGGACGAGUUCCUGCUGGCCGGCCAAGCCCAGGAGACGUCCAAGAAGACCGUGCUGAAAGCCAUAGAGCAGGCCGACCUUCUGCAGGAGAACAUAGACGCUCAUUCGCGCAUAUUUGCAGGUAUGAUGGUCCCAAAUGUCACCUCAGAGUCUUCUGGGCUCUUCCAGAAUUUGACCCUUUAAGCCCCGUCACGACUACUUUCAUGUCCCUGUGUACUGAACUGGCCGUCCUCCAUCUUGUGUGCAUGCCGUCCCUCUGCAUGUGUCCCCACUGUGGACCCUUCCUCUUCCUCAGCCCUCUGCAAUGUCCGCCUGCCACUCCCUGGCUAAAAGUGCACCCUUUCUCUCGGAGACCAGUCCAAGUACCAAUGAUCCAGUCCUCACAAAAUGUUGACUUGGAUCACGUGAUCGUGUGUGUUGUCAACAUCUCUUGUAUUAUUCAUGGUAUUUGUCCUCAUGGCACUUAUAUAAGACUGAGAUAUUUAGCAUUUAAAUAGUGUUUAUUAGCAUCUUUAAUGUGUCAAAGUGGGGACCAUCUCUUCAUUUUAAUCUGUUACAGUGUUAACAUAUGACUUAUUUUUCAUCCUUAUCUAAAAUACAUCUAUUUAACAGUAAACUACUACUGACUAAGUGGAUUAAUUACAUAUUACAAUCAGGUUUGAAACCCAAAAAUGGGCGCCCCCUAGUGGUCAUCCACACGGUAAUUUAAACUACAAUCAUCACGUGACCUAAGUAGUGCACUUUUUUUUUUGUAUUUAGCUUGUUUUUGUUUUCUUUGUACACAUUUGUAUUUCUUUCUAAAAUGAAGAUAAUUAUUGAAAUAAUUAAUGUUGUUCUAUUUACUAGUACAGAGUUACUACUGACUUAUUUGCUAGAAUUGUUGAUUAAUUAGUUUUUGCUGUUACUUUAAUUUUUUAGACGUGUUAACGUUGCAAUUUUGUUCCAAUUAUGUUUUAAUAUUCCAGCGUAUUUUCCCUUCCUACUGUACUUUACAAAUAUUGACUGAUAUUCUGUACUGUAGUACUGUCAUAGGUGAACUACUACAUGACACAAGUAUGUUGACAUUUGAAACGCGGGGAAGUGCGCCCCCUAGUGGCCAUCAGUGGGUGGUGUCCAGGCAGUAAUUACUGUAGUAGAGUACAAUAAUCAAAGUAGUACACAUAUAUACAUGUAUUAUUUUCUCUUCUUUAUACUUCAUUCAUUGUAGUAUUUGUUAUUUAUAGUAAACACUAUGUAUUAGUCGUUUUUUAAAUGCACAGUAAUCAUCAAUAAUAACAUUAAAAUGAAAUUAAUAUUGUAACGACUCAAAUAAUGACUGAAUGUUGCUAUACUGAAUAACAUAAUACGUGAUUUCUCUGAUUAUAUGCAGACUUUGGUAAGUAAUAUAGAAAUAGCAGAUAUGUGAUGAAUGUGUAGGAUUCUAUUCUAAAAGGCGAGUUCUAAUAGUCUUUCGAAUGAAGAUUUGAUGGCUUUGCUUUCAGUGUUGGUUAUGUUUACUAAUAAAAAUGUGCUGAUGACGUUGACAUCUGCAUGAUUGUAUAUUUUAUUUAUGGAUCUCUUCUCUGCCUUCUACUACUAAGAUGCAAACGUAAGUCCGGCUUCUUUCUGCUACCAACCCCCAAAAAAUAAUCAUGUGCUUAAAUACAUCAUAUACAUGUCAUAGUUGACGUUUUGUUUCAGGAAUGUUUACUUUUGUGUGGUAACAAUUAUAUUUCAGCCCAAAAUGUACAAAACCCAAAACCAGUGAAGUUGUCACGUUGUGUAAUUCGUAAAUAAA